AUGUGCCAGACUGGCAGACCCCCAAUCCACAUCCAGGGUGCGCGUGGUGAUCUUCCGAAGCCACGGUCCCCAGCAAUCUGUGUUCUGUCCUAUUGGAGGGCACCACGCUCCCGGCGACGAAAACGGAGCAUCGGUGAACGGCCAAGUGUGCCCAAACAAGGGGACACAGGCCGGCAAGGGUGUUAUCGAAGUAGCUGUCCCAGACCAGGAAGAAACAUGGGCGUCGGCCUGGGCAGAAGCCGUGGCUGA